UACAGAUCACCUCUCUGCGGUAUUUAUUAAUCUCCGGUUAUCCCGAUGUCUGCGGAGGUUCUGUCCGCGCGGCCCCGCUAUGACCCGGGGGAGGAGGAGGAGGACGAGGCCCCCGGCCAGCAGCCCCGUUACUCCGGCGCUUCCGUCGGGCUCGCGACGGCCGGUUACCGAUCCGCUAAGUACACCCCGGCCGAGUGGUUCGCCAACAACCGCGCGGCGCUCAGCCGGGCCGCCGCCGACAGCGCGAGCGCCGCGCAGGUCCAGCGGGUGUCGAAGGCGCUCCGCGCGGAGACCCAGGACACCGCCGCGCUCCGCCAGACCGCCGUCACCGGGCACCUGGGCGCGCGCCUGCACGACAUCCACUCCCGGAGCUCGGAGCUCGAGCAGCACAUCGCGCGCCUGCUGGCGGACACCGAGCGGCUCGCGACGCUCAAGCGCAGGCUGGAGAGAGCGCUGCAUGCGACCGAGGUCCCGUUCGCCAUCGCCACCGACAACCUCACGUGCAGGGAGAGGCGCUCCGGGCCUGACCGCGUGCAGGACCGGGUGGAGGAGGAGCUUCUCAAAGAAGUGGAGCUUAUUAAGAGCAUCCAGGCUCUGCUGAAGAAAACUCUGGAUCAAGCUGUCACUCAGAUCAGGCUAAACCGGAAUGCCCAACAGGUCCUGGAGCUUGACUGGUCUGAUAAACACGAAGCCUACUGUUUGGAUGAUGAGUGUGGACGAUAUCGCAACACCAGCACGAACACACAACAUCAUGAACACACGAGUACCUCGGCUACAGCACAACACCAAGUGUGCGAUGUAGACGAGUGGAUAAGGUUCACCCAGAGCAACGUGGCUCAGGCUGAGCGUGAGGAGGAGGCGAGUGUGGCGCUGUGUGUGUUGUGUGAGCAUGUUCUGCAGGAGACUGCUGUGGACCUGCAGGCACAGAGCCAAGCCGUGAGCCAGGCCUUCAUACAGCGCUGCCAAGAGCUCACACACGCCAGGAGCCAGCUCGAGCUGCAGCUUAAACAGGUACUGGAGCAGAUCGGUUCUCAGGAGCGGAACAUCAGCGCUCUGCAGCAGGCCGUGUUUGAUAAAGAGGCUCCUAUGCGUGUGGCUCAGUCACGACUGCACUCCAGGGCACUGAGACCCAACAUGGAGCUGUGCAGGGACCAGCCUCAGCUCAGUCUGCUCGUUGAGGUGGAGCAGAUCUCGGCCGAUGUGUGUGCUCUGCAGCAGCAGCUACAUGAGGCGCGUGACUCUCUGGCUCGGCUGGAGGAGAGCAGGACGCUGCUGGAGAAGGACAUCGGCUGUAAAACACACUCGCUUCUCAUCGACCAGGAGAAGUGUAUGAGAAACCGCAUGCUCUACCCCACUGUGGUCACACUAUCUGGAUACUGACACACACACACACACACACACCAAAAACAAACAAAAAAAAGAACUGCCAACUUUUUAGAAAAGUGAGAUUCUUUGGUUUGGUUGGCAGCUUUGGUCUCUCUCUCUCUCUCUCUCUCCCACAUACACACACACACACACACACACACAUACACACACCAGUGCAUUUAUAAAGGAUUUGAUUUGCUGUGUUAUCUUACAUUUACUUAUAUUUUAAAUAUAAAUGAUGUGUUGCCUUUAAAAACUCUAUCAAUAACACCAGAAGAGCUCCCCGAACGUAGGACUGACUGCAGGAGUCCAUGCAUCUGUAUGAAUUGUUACCAGCCCAGAUGUUCCUAUAAGGACCUCGCACAUUGGGGUAACACCAGGUUAAUUGUCCUGGGCCCAGAG